GUAUAAAGAAAGAAGUGCAUCCAAGUAGAAUCGGUCCGUCGUAAACUCGCCGCGUCUGAUUCUGUCUCGUGAGUUGAGUGUAAAAUUGGGAAGACAACUAAACAUGGAGGACUUUGUCGGUAACAUUUAACGAUGAGAUUUAACGAGUAACAACAUAACAGACAUUCCAGCCCGUGCCUUCAACCGAAUUUUCAAUCUUGAAGUGUUAUUACUUCGACGAAAUCGUUUGCAUACGAUCGCCGAUGAUGCAUUUACAAACUUAACGAGCCUUCGAGUAUUGGAGCUCGAUGACAAUUAUUUAACAAAAAUUCCAACCGCGAUCGUAAAGCUCUCUGGCCUUGAAGACCUGUAAGUGUGCAUCGAUUAAGUAAAAUGUAAUUUGACAACUUUUUUUUACAUUCUAUGAAUUUUACAUUCUAUUUCCUUAUCGAGCUGCGUUGUACAUUCAUGGCCGAUUAGAAAAUUUAAUAUUCAUAUGGCGAUAUCUCGAUCAAAAUAUCGAGAAGAAUUUUCUAAUAUACAAUAAAAAUUAUUUGUCUGUUAAAUCAUUAUCACUCUAGAGAAUCUUUUUCGAAUCACGAAAAUGAAAAUUGUUAAAGAAAAGAAAAAUAUAAUAUUUUCGUUUAAGAAAGAUAAAUAUUCAAAUUUUAUAGUUUAUCACAGAGUGAUCAUGAUUACUUAAAUUUUAUGAAACACUAAUUUUUUUUUAUAUUUAUUGAUAUAAGUGAUAACAAAUGCAAAAAAAGGAAACUUAUUAAAAAUUAGAAUCGCGAAAGAUCGAUCGAUCGAUGCUCCGCUCCUUUUGUUUUUCGUUUUCACCGAAACGAAGGAAACCAAGAAAAUCGUAUUCGUGUAUGCUUUAUCGGUUCCGUAGGUCGCUGUCGAACAACCGGAUCGAAACUUUGGAGGAGCAUGUUUUUCGACGUGUCAGUAAUCUAUUGUCGCUUGACCUACGCGGAAAUCCUAUCAAAGAAAUACACGGGAACACUUUUCAUAAUCUAUGCAAGCUUCGUAAACUGAUCCUGUCGAAUCUAAAAGAACUACAGAUAUUUCCUAAUUUGAAUGGGACAAAAUCAUUGGAAGUAUUGAGAUUAGAUCGCGCACAAGUGACGAAUGUUCCAAAAAAUUUAUGCGAGCAAUGUCCAAAAUUGAAAAGUUUUGAUAUGAAAUCAAAUUUUCUAACAGAGGUGCCAAAUUUACGAAAUUGCAGCGAGUUACGAGUUUUAAAUCUGGCCAGUAACAUGAUUCUGUCGUUUCCAAAUGAGCCAUUCAAAGGUCUGGACAUGUUGCACGACCUCCUUCUAUCGGACAACAAGUUGCAAGUAAUCCCAGGUGACGCGUUCACCGGCUUGUCGAGGCUACAAGUGUUGGAUCUAGAGAGCAAUUAUAUCGAGUAUAUUCACCCUAACGCAUUUAAAGAGACGAAACAUUUGGAGGAUUUAAAUCUUGGGAAUAACGUGUUUCCCGUACUGCCAACACUAGGGCUAUCAGGCCUAUUACAUCUUAAGACAUUCAACAAUCCAGCAUUGAGGGAAUUUCCAGCUCCCGAAAGGUUUCCACGUGUGCAAACGAUGGUAUUAUCGUACGCUUAUCACUGCUGCUCGUUUCUAUCGGUCGAAGUGGAGGAUCCGGUGACGAAAUCCUCUGUUCGAGAAUCUAUCCUAUUCCCCACUGACAAUGAUUUUGAUAUGAGCUUGUGGAACUCGAGUUUCACCGAUAUCUGGCCACAGCUCAAUAACAUGACCGACAAAUUUGGCUCGCAAAUAAAUGAACUUUGGGCUAACUUUGGUUCAGAUUUUACAUACCCUGGUAACCUGCCCUCAUAUGUUGAGGAUUAUUUUGAAGAACAAAACAACCGAGUUACACUGCCAGUUCAAACACUACCUUCUCACGUACAGUGCCUACCUCAACCUGGUCCUUUUCUACCGUGCCAAGAUCUGUUCGAUUGGUGGACAUUACGUUGUGGUGUAUGGGUAGUAUUUCUACUUGCCAUGCUUGGAAAUGGAACCGUAGUAUUCGUGUUAAUAUUCUCCAGAAGCAAGAUGGAUGUUCCUCGGUUUCUUGUUUGCAACCUUGCUGCAGCAGAUUUUUUCAUGGGCAUUUAUUUAGGUCUACUAGCAGUGGUGGACGCUUCGACUCUAGGAGAAUUCCGAAUGUACGCCAUACCGUGGCAAACUUCGGCUGGUUGUCAGUUAGCCGGUUUUCUAGGCGUUCUUAGUUCGGAGUUGAGCGUAUAUACGUUAGCAGUAAUUACUUUGGAACGGAACUACGCCAUAACGCAUGCCAUGCAUCUGAACAAAAGACUUUCCCUUAAGCAUGCAGGUUACAUAAUGACCGUAGGCUGGUGUUUCGCACUGUCUAUGGCAAGUCUGCCUCUGAUCGGUGUAUCAGAUUAUAGAAAAUUUGCUAUAUGCCUACCAUUCGAGACUAACGGGAACGCUGCGCUAGCAUACGUGAUCUUUUUGAUGUUGAUCAAUGGUGUCGCAUUUCUUAUAUUAAUGGGAUGUUAUCUGAAGAUGUACUGCGCGAUCAGAGGGUCCCAAGCGUGGAAUUCGAAUGAUUCGCGAAUCGCCAAGCGGAUGGCUCUGCUGGUGUUCACCGAUUUCCUCUGCUGGUCCCCCAUAGCGUUCUUCUCGCUGACUGCCACGUUUGGAUUGCAGCUGGUAUCGCUUGAACAGGCAAAAGUGUUUGCCGUGUUCGUACUGCCAUUAAACUCCUGCUGUAAUCCAUUUCUGUAUGCCAUCUUGACCAAGCAGUUUAAAAAAGAUUGCGUACUUAUUUGCAAGGCGAUCGAGGAGUCCAGGGUGACCAGGGGGAUCGGCAGAUGCCGGCAUAGCUCGAAUUUCAGCAACAGACAGACCCCGGUAAACACGAACAGUUUGGUGGACAGAUCGUCGCGAGAGAAUCAGACACCCUGUGCAUGUAAUUCAAGAUUACUCGAGACUAGCCAAUGUUCCGGUUACCGACGAUGGGGCACCAGGAUAUUGUGGCCCUGCGCCAGAGACACGAGGCCCAGACACGCGCGUAGCGAUCAAUACGCAUAUCAAAUCGCGGAGAUCCAACAGAAACAACACAAACGAGCCUCAUCGGUAUCCUCAAGUGAAAAUUUCUCCUCGUCCAGAUCAGAUUCCUGGAGACAGACUCAUCAUUGCGGUAUCCCAUUAAGAUUAUUAGAUCCUAAACGGAGAGCUUCUUCGUGGCUGAUCACUAGAAAACCGUCUCAAGAUUCGAAUCUCAGCUCUUCCAGAAAUGAUUCUUCCGGUUCCGCCACCACUGCUACCACUAGUACUUGGAGGAUUUCGAGGUCUAGCGCGUCCCUUGAGGUAACUGCCAGAAAUACACCGAGACCAGCCAGGUCGAAACCAAGGCUCACACGUCAGCUCGCAAUUCAAGAGCCUGAACCACCUGGAUCGCCAAGUAGAUUAGCUGCCAGGCUCCUCGCAACUAUACCCUCCGCGGCAGAAACCAGUGAUCAGCAAGAUGACGAUAAUACAGCGCAAUGUUAAAUUGAUACGCAUAUCUAUGCGUAUCGGUUUAUCAAAGAUUAUAUUCGGUUAUAAUAUAAUAGAUUACAAAUAUGGGUCUCGUUGCUUCCGAAUGGUUUCAGUAUUAAGUGUCUUCUGACAAUGAGAGAGGUGUGAAAGAAGGAGGAGAUUAAAUACUCUGUAUAUUGGCGAUAAUCAUUGUUUAAGAUUAGGUGAACGAAAAAACGAUGAACAGUCUAGCGCAUUCUUCUUUCAACGUUUGCAAACAUUCGUGAUUAAAGUUGAUUGUAAUAUAUAUAAUAUUGUUUAAAAAUAUCAUCAUUUUUAUUUUUUUUUUUUCUGAAUUGUUUUUAAGUAAAGGAGUUUAUAAGACGUUGAAGGAGGAAGAGUAAAAAAACUCUACUACUUUUAUUCUACAAUAUUAUACAAUUAUUUAUGCUAUUAAUAAUUAAAAGUGCAAACGAUAUUGUAGAUCGUUUGGAUUCGUGGAAGAAACAAAAUUGAUCUACCUUUAUUGACCGUCCGUUACACAUGCAUAUAGAUAAACUGCAUUAAAAGAGGGUGAAUACGGUAGUCAUAUUUGUUAGAUACUGCCAAGAAUUUUUAACAUGUUGACUGUUGAAGGAAUUUUAUAAUUCUUAUAUUAAUAUUUCAUAAUACAAAAUACUAAUAAUAAUAAAAAAAAUAAUAAAAUUAAAAUACUAUUUUUUUUUUUUUUUGUAUUUUGGAAGAUAAGA